CCACCAAUAUACAAAAAUGUUUGAAUACAAUUUUUGAAUUCCAAACAUAAUGUAUGUAGCACAAACGGAAACGGGCGGGGAUGUUUAAUAGAAGUACAUUAGGUCUUUAGAGAGAGAUGGCAAUUUAUGUUACUCUGGUUCUGACAGAAACAAAGAAGAAAAUUUUACCAGAUGUUGAGGUUGGUUGGGAGUUGAUGCGUGAGAUAUUUUUUCGUGUUUUUGUAUGAAAUAUCAAAAUUAAAACAUAGUUUAUUAAAUAACAUAAAAUAUAAGUUUGUGAAUAAUUGUGUGUUUGUUAUAAUAUUAUCGAACUGUAAUAAGUGAUUGGUUCGAUUCGAAUUAAAAUGGCGAUUUGAAGAGCAAUGGUGGACAUAUGAAAUUUCCUACUUUUGAAACCGACUACACAAUGGAAGACAACUCCCUCAACCUUCAAAAUGGUGGUCAGAUGGGUCCUCAGAGCGGCUCCGUUGGAAAUAAUAAACAAAGCGAUGAAGUGAAUCCGAAAUCCCAUUAUUCCAUACCGGGAAUAUUACAUUUUAUCCAACAUGAAUGGGCUAGGUUCGAAUUGGAGAGAUCGCAAUGGGAAGUCGAUAGAGCAGAGUUACAAGCUCGAAUUGCCUUUCUACAGGGCGAGAGAAAGGGACAGGAAAACCUCAAGAAUGACCUUGUACGACGUAUAAAGAUGUUGGAGUACGCCCUCAAGCAGGAAAGGGCGAAAUUCCACAAAUUGAAGUACGGCACGGAGCUGCAGCAAGGCGAUAUGAAACCACCUGUGAUAGAUGAAACAGGCGAAUCCCAAUUGGAAUCGGAUCAGUCCUAUGUCUCCGUAACGAAUUCCACAUGGAAGCAAGGUCGUCAAUUGCUGCGGCAAUAUUUGCAAGAAAUCGGCUAUACCGAUAGAAUAAUCGAUGUUAGGUCAACAAGAGUUAGAGCUCUACUCGGUCUGAAUAACAAUAAUGCCGAUCAGGAGGAGAACCAUAAUAGUAGUUCGGUGAAUGGUAAUGAAUCCAAUAAAAGGGCUAGUGAAACUCAAGGCAGGAGAACUCCAGCAAAAAAGGCACAACCAGGCUCUCUAGCAGAAGCAAUGAUGUUGGAUACUGAAGCAGCAGUAAUGGCGAAUCUAGACUUCCUAUCCAAUACUGACGUCGAUAUGGACGACGAUGAAGAUAUGAGCGAUGAUGUGGAUAUCGAACCCACAGAAGAUAUCGAAGACGAUGUCAAACUUGGUAAAAAAGUUUUAGGCGAUGACGUGGAUGCCAUUGCUUUAGAAGUUUUCAAUGAACUAAAUCAGUUGUCGGAGACGGAAAAGAAACAAGACAUCAAAGGCGAACAAGCUGAUUGGAAUAAGGCACCAAUCCCGAAGCGACCCAUAGGAAUGAAUGAUGAAGAAAAUUUCGACUCGAGUCUCGGACUUGGCGAGUUAGCUCAAUUAACAGUUAAUAAUGAUGCUGAAAAUACGUACGAUAUUGCUAGCAGUAAGGAGGCAUUUAGGAAAACAUGGAACGCCAAAUAUACGCUCCGCAGUCAUUUCGACGGUGUGCGUGCUCUAGCUUUCCAUCCAGUCGAUCCCGUUUUGAUAACGGCAAGCGAGGAUCACACUUUGAAAUUAUGGAAUCUACAGAAGACUGUUCCUGCUAAGAAAAGUGCGUCGUUGGAUGUUGAGCCUCUCUAUACGUUUAGAUGUCAUACAGGACCAGUACUGUGUCUUGCUGUAUCAGGAACAGGAGAACAUUGCUAUUCAGGUGGACUAGAUGGUGCUGUGAAUUGUUGGAAUGUUCCCAAUUCCAACAUUGAUCCAUACGAUCUGUAUGAGCCCGAUAUCCUGAAUGCUGCUCUUCACGGGCAUUCAGAUGCCGUCUGGGGAUUGGCGGUCUUGAAUUCCAAACAGCAACUUUUGUCCUGUUCCGCUGACGGAACUGUCAAGCUAUGGACUCCACACAGUAAGCAACAACUCUUGUCAACGUACGUUUCGGAACAAGACGGUAUUCCUUCCAGUGUUGACUUUGUGAGAGACGAACCAAACCGUAUAGUAGCUUCAUACUCUAGUUCACAUUGCGUUAUAUUCGAUACAGAAACCGGAAAGGCUGUGACUAGGUUAGAGUCUACGGCUCCAGACGGAGUGAACUCUAGCGCUAGGCAAAUCAAUAAGAUUGUAUGUCAUCCAACAUUAGCUGUGACAAUCACAGCUCACGAAGAUAGGCACAUCAGAUUCUGGGACAAUCACACGGGAAAAAUGGUACAUUCUAUGGUGGCGCAUCUGGAUGCCGUCACUAGUUUGGCUGUUGAUCCUAACGGAUUGUAUCUUCUCUCAGGAUCACAUGAUUGUUCGAUUAGGUUGUGGCAUUUAGACAACAAGACUUGUGUUCAAGAAAUCACCGCACAUCGUAAAAAGUUUGACGAGAGCAUCUUAGAUGUGGCUUUCCAUCCAUCAAGACCGUAUAUAGCAAGUGCUGGGGCCGACGGUCUAGCUAAAGUUUUUGUGUAAAACUUUUUAAGUUGAAUUCACGAACCUUCUGAUAACUACGAACCAUUUUGAAAGUGAUUCAUUUAUUAUCUCAUUUGCUUUUAUAAUUAUUACAUUUAGCAGGUUAGGUGUACAUAUAUUAUAGAAUUUUAAUAUUUUGUAUAUAUAAUCCCAAAAUCACUUUAAUCUUAAUUUUAAUUGAUUGAUAUUCUUUUGUAAAUAAGUUUAUUUAUUUCGUCA